GGGCCGAGUCACGGGAAUGCAGGGCACGGUGACCGGCAAGGGGCUGGAUCUCUCCAAGCUCACUUACGAUGAGGCUGCACACGUGUGGCAAGUUGUUCAGCGGGAUUUCGACCUGAGGAAGAAAGAGGAAGACAGGCUUGGAGAGCUCAAGACCAAGAUUGAGCUAGAAGACUGUAAAAGAGAGAUGCUGGCCGACUGGGCGAAUUUGACGCAGUCUCACUGCAUUGGCUGUCUGAAAGCGUUCAAGUUCUUGGUGAACAAGAAGCGCCGAUGCCUGGACUGUCAUCUGCCCAUCUGCGGGGCCUGCAGCCAUUACAACAAAAAGGAGCUCGGCUGGGUGUGCGCUCCUUGUCACAUGGCCAGGGUCCUUAAGAUUGGCAGCCUGGAAUGGUACCACAAAAACAUGCGAAUGCGCUUCAAGUGUUUUGGCAGCGCCAAGGUGAUGCGAUCGCUCUUCAAGAGACUCCGUGGAAAACACGCGUACUCUUCUGAUGAUGACGAUGAUGACGAUGCAAAGCAUCCCAAAUACGACACGCGGAGCAACCCUGAAGUCCACACUCUUGGAUGCGAAGACAGUUGUAUGGCUUCACAACACUAUAAUCAGAUGAAAAAAAACAGAAGGCGUCUCACCGUCGACCCCAUCGAUUUUGGUUUGCGCCGUGACUAUUUCGCCGAAUCGAGACGAUACUCUCACCAGAUUCUGGCUCCUGAUGACAUCAAGUUGAUGAAUCUGGGCAGAAGGGAGUCCGACAUGGCUUCUGUUUUCCAACAAUUUUUGAAAGACCAACGCAAAGUUCCGGAUGUUGGGUCUGUUCAUAGCUUGACUCCACAACAAGAUGACCUUGUCUACUCAGAAAACCGAACGGUUCAGUCUUGCUGCAUGUCCGGGCUCAGCUACUCUUCUUGUGGCAGCGGGAGUGCCGGGGAACCCCGGGGGGGAGGCAGCAGCUACUUCCUGGGCCCUGAUGAUGAUGACGAUGAUGAUGAGGAGGACGAUGAUCUGCGACGGGCCUUUCCGGUUUGCCGAGCUCAUUUAGGACCCCGUGACGAUGUGUCCCAGGAGAGCCUCAACUACCCCAACCAGCCGCCACAGAUCGCCGACCUGAGCCGACGAAUGUCAGCCAUCGAGAACCUUUUAAGCCGCCUGCAGAUCACUCCGACCUCCUCCCAGGGCAUGGAGACUCCCGGUGGCCGAGAGAGCGCCUCUCCUCUCUCCGGGUGGGAAGACGUGGACGUGGAGGAGCAUCAACUGAGACGAAAGCUGAUCGCAAUGGCGGGCGACAUCAGCGACCGCAGCCUGAGUUCCGACGAGGCCGAGUCCAGCCAAAUGUGGACCGGAGUACCUUGCAGAUCCACUCCCGGAAGAAGCUCGCUGGUCCCCAGAUUGAAUGAGCCGACCGACUCUCAGAAGAAAGACUGUUCAAUCGAAAGCCUGCAGGAUAAAUGGCAAGGGGAAGGCUCAAAGUCAAGCUUUCGACAAGGUUCGACAGCGUUACUCUUUGAGCUGGAGGACAAGAUCGCCCGAGCCGCCGCCGACGUGCAGAACGCCCAGACCCAAGUGUCGUACAUUGAGAACCGGAUUGCCGCUCUCAACUCCGGCGGCAUGCCGAUGGAACAGCGACGAAAGGAAACGUUCAUGAAACAGGACUCACAAGGAGAAGACUAAGCCUAAUGUGAGAUUUUCAUGAAAAGACAAUCGAUUGGACAAUGACUUGUCCUGUUCUGGUUGUUUCUCACGUACAUCUUUAAACCAACAAAACGACAUAUUGGACGACAUAUUUGACACAUUGCAGUAUGUUAACGCCUUAAAAUGAUAAGAAUGGAAAAAAAAUAAAAUUUGCUUCUAACUUUUAAGCAAUAUAGAAUUGCAUUGUACUGACAUUCCUCUUUAUUUUUGGGAGUUUUUAUAUUCUGUAUGCACCUUAACAUCAAUGUAUGCCAUUUUUAAUUUCACUGAUUUGGAGUCAUUUUAGGUAUUAACAUUCCUUGUCUUUUUUGGUCUUGAUAGAACGAUCGCCAAAUCAUUUUCUCUUCAAUCUUUUUCAGACCUAAUAAAGAGCUUUUUCCAUGA